AUGAACCAAAGUCAACUGCAAAUGGAAAGCAAUGCCGCAAAGGCUGCUACAAAGAACAAGCCUUUCGAGGACGACAAUGACUCUGACGAUUCCGAUGAGAAGCCCUCUAAGCGUUCUGGUCGCCGCAAGAUCAAGAUUGAGUAUAUCGAGGAUAAAAAUCGACGUCAUAUCACAUUUUCGAAGCGUAAAGCGGGUAUCAUGAAGAAGGCCUACGAAUUGAGUACUUUGACAGGAACUCAAGUGCUUUUGUUGGUGGUAUCAGAAACAGGCCUUGUCUACACCUUUACUACAGUCAAGCUUCAGCCUAUCGUCACCAAGCCCGAGGGCAAAAAUCUCAUUCAAGCUUGCUUAAAUGCUCCUGAUCCAGUCAAUGAAUCAUCCACGGAUGAUGCAGGCUACAAUGGUCAAUCUCCUCAAUUGAACAAGAAGGAAUUUCAAGAUAAAAAGAUUGAUCCUGCAACAGCAGCAGCAGCUGCUGCAUCUGUCAGCCAUCCACAAUCAGCAACUGCUUUUGGAGCUGCUGUAGCUGCAGCGGCAGCUUCUAGUGCACCUGGAUAUCAACAACCUUCGGCUUAUGCUCCGGUCGGUAACAACAACUAUCCUGGAUACAUGAAUCCACCAGCAUCUUAUCAAUCUCCUCAACCUGGUCAACAGAUUCCUCAACCACAGCAAUAUGGUCCCAUGUCAGGUUCACCUGCACCCACUUUUUAUGGUACAGCUGCACAGCAAGCUUCCCGUUACAUGCAACAUCCAAAUUAUUGGCAAGGUGCAAACAGCCCUGGCAACUUGCCACGAGCUGAUCAGCAACAUGAUGACAAGGCGAGGAGGUCCGCUGGUAUCGCUGAAAAGUAA